GAAGAGAAGAGGCAUAUUUGUCCGUAUUGCCACAAGCGAUUCAACCGGCCUAGCAGCCUAAACAUACAUAUCAACACACAUACUGGUGCCACACCGUACGAGUGUCCCAAGUGCGGCAGACGUUUCAGUGUCAACUCCAACAUGCGCCGUCACUACCGC